AUGCUAAGAACUAUUAUUAAAUCAAAAGUGUCAUCUGGUAAUGGUAUUAUAGAUAAAGAUCAAAGAGAAAAGCAUGGUAACUACAGAAAACUUGACGAGGAAAUCUUACAGUCCAUCAUUGAUCACAUUAAUUCGAUUCCUAGAAUUGAAAGCCACUAUGUAAGGAGCGAAACUACCCGUGAAUUUAUUGAUGGUGGACUUUCAAUUGCAGAGCUGCACAGAAAUUACUCUGCUGUGCGAUCUGCUGAUAACAAAAACGCAGCAGCCUCGUAUGACUACUAUGCCCAAAUAUUCAAUACAAAGUUUAAUAUAGGAUUUCGUUCCCCUAAGAAAGAUCAGUGUGAUCUUUGUGAGAUGUACAAGCAAGGAACUGAGGAAAAAAGAAAAGAACUAGAAACGAAAUACUGUGAACAUUUAGAAGAAAAACUUCUCAGCCGCCAAAAAAAGGACGUCGAUAAACAAAGAUCAAAAGAUCACGAAAUUGUAUUAGCUGUAUACGACUUACAAGCAGUUCUGCCUGUACCUAUAGGCCAAACUUCGGCGUUUUUCUAUAAAUCUAGAUUAAACUGUUACAAUUUUACGGUAACAGAGAUAACAAACGACAAAACGAAGGUUUAUUUCUGGCAUGAAUACUUGGGAAAUAGGGGAGCCAUAGAAAUUGGAACGUGCGUAUUGCUUUAUUUAAAAAGCCUUUCAGAGCGUUCUCCAGGUGUCAAUGUAGUUUUUUAUUCCGAUAACUGCAUGGGUCAACAAAAAAACAGAUUUCUGAUCGCCGUUUAUCUGUAUGCAGUGGAACAUUUUGAAAUUAUGGCGAUAACUCACAAAUACUUAAUACGAGGGCAUACCCAGAAUGAGGGCGACGCGAUUCACAGCGCCAUCGAGAAGCAGAUAUCCAAAUCAAAAAAAUCAGGAGCCAUUUAUGUUCCGGAGCAAUACGUUUACAUGAUCAGAGAAGCUAAAAAAAAAGGAAAUAAAAUUGAUGUACAAGAAAUGGGAUUCGAAAACUUUUUGGAUAUUAAAGCAUUAUUUGAUGACAUGGGUUUAAGCAUUGCCAAAAAUGAUGAUGGUGAUGAGUUUAAAAUAAAUGUUUACUGGUAG